AGGUGCCGGACAAGAGUCGAGUUAAAGCCGAGAUCGUCGAUUUAAAGCACGGGAAUAAAAUUAUGAUCCCUUCGUAGCGACGUGCUGGAAUUUGUCCGUAAUUCUCACCACAUAGCGACAUACAUCUGCACUGUAUGGAAACAACCGACGGAAAACAUACAGUCAAGGAGCUCUCUCUCAGCCUGGCCUGCAGAGGGGGUGUGUUUUGGGACCGAUGCAGACCCCACCUCAGAUCUUCUCUGUCAGUGCCUGCGCGUGGGUCAGCAGAUUCUGUCACUUUCGAGAUAUUGGCACAGCUGAAUCCUUGGAGGUGCCAGAAAAAAUGUCAGUCAGCGUCCAUGAAAACCGCAAGUCAAGGACGAGCACAGGCUCCAUGAACAUCUCCCUCUUCCACAAGCCCUCGCAUCCAGACAGCGUCCUCACGCACCUCAACACCCUUCGCAAACAAUGCAUGUUCACAGACGUGACGUUAUGGGCUGGAGACCGCUCCUUCCCCUGCCACAGGGCGGUGUUGGCAGCGUGCAGCCGUUACUUCGAGGCAAUGUUCAGUGGAGGCCUCCGUGAGAGUCUGGACAGUGACGUUAACUUCCGGGACAGUGUGCACCCAGAGGUUCUGGAGCUACUGCUGGACUUUGCAUACUCCUCACGGGUUAUCAUUAACGAGGAGAAUGCAGAAUCGCUUCUCGAAGCCGGAGAUAUGCUACAGUUCCAUGACAUCCGUGAUGCAGCGGCGGAGUUUCUCGAAAAGAACCUGCAUUCAUCCAACUGUUUGGGAAUGAUGCUGCUCUCCGACGCUCACCAGUGCAAGCGCCUCUAUGAACUCUCAUGGAGGAUGUGCCUGGUCCACUUUGAAGCUGUGAGGGAUACGGAGGACUUCUACGGCUUGUCUAAAGACAAGCUACUCGACCUUAUCCUCAGUGAUGAGCUGGAGAUAGAGGACGAGCAGAUAGUAUUCAACGCGGUCAUGCGCUGGGUCAAGUAUGACUUAGACAGUCGCAGGGACUAUCUUCCCGAGCUGCUCCGGGGUAUCCGUCUUGCACUGUUGCCAUCCGAGUGCCUCAUCGAGGCUGUGGCUUGCGAGGAACUGGUCAUGUCAGACAAGCGAAGCAGGCAGAUAGUGGAAGAGGCCAUUCAGUGCAAGAAGAAAAUUCUCCAGAACGAUGGAGUUGUCACCAGUCCUUGUGCCAGGCCACGCAAGGCUGGCCACACCUUGCUCAUUCUUGGAGGCCAGACCUUCAUGUGCGAUAAGAUCUACCAAGUGGAUCAUAAAGCGAAGGAAAUCAUUCCCAAGUCGGACUUGCCCAGUCCUAGAAAAGAGUUCAGUGCGUGUGCCAUUGGCUGCAAGGUUUACGUGACUGGAGGGAGAGGCUCGGAAAACGGAGUCUCAAAAGAUGUAUGGAUAUAUGAUACAGUCCAUGAGGAGUGGUCCAAAGGUGCCCCCAUGUUAAUUGCGCGGUUCGGUCAUGGUUCAGCCGAAUUGGAAAAUUGCCUCUAUGUUGUAGGAGGUCACACUGCAAUAGCUGGCGUUUUCCCUGCUUCUCCUUCAGUGUCUCUAAAACAAGUGGAGCGGUACGACCCACUAACCAACAAAUGGACCAUGAUGGCACCACUUCGAGAUGGUGUCAGCAAUGCAGCGGUUGUCAGUGCUAAGCUAAAGCUCUUUGUUUUUGGUGGGACUACCAUCCACAGGGACAAGGCUUCCAAAGUACAGUGCUAUGACCCUGUAGAGAACCGCUGGACCAUAGCGGCGGAGUGCCCUCAGCCCUGGCGAUAUACCGCCGCAGCAGUCUUGGGCAGCCAGAUUUUCAUCAUGGGUGGUGACACGGAGUUCACCGCUGCUUCCGCUUACCGCUUCGACUGUGAGACAAAUCUAUGGACGCGUGUAGGCGACAUGACCUCUAAACGAAUGAGCUGCCACGCUGUGGCCUCUGGGAACAAACUCUAUGUGGUUGGUGGCUACUUUGGGACACAGCGGUGCAAAACGCUGGACUGCUACGAUCCGACUUCGGACAGCUGGAACAGUAUCACUACAGUGCCUUAUUCACUGAUUCCCACUGCGUUCGUUAGCACCUGGAAACAUCUCCCUGCCUAGUAGCAUUAGAACGAAGAGGAUGGACAUGAACUGGGUGUCAUGCUCUUCUGGCUGCAGCCGACGGAUGGGCUGGGCUUGCACAAACCUGGCAUGGCCAAACUGUGGUCAUCCUGCAGUGGGAACGAUAGGCGCCUCUCAAAAACAAACAAAAAAACAAAACUACCUAGGAGUGAGUGGGUGCAGCAGAAGAACCGGAGCGAUGACAUUUGGACUGGUCGUCUCCUGACAGCACAGAGCCAAUGAGCUAAUCACAUGCCAUGCGUAUCUAUUGCCAAACAGGAGGCGAUGCGGACGCACUGACCUCUUGCAUCAAAUUCUGUCUUGUUGUUUCGAAACAGUGUUGAAAGUUUAGUGUCGGGAAACACUUUUGCCGAAAGAAUUUCGGCGACGAGACCCGGCAGGUUUUCUGCGCUUGCUCCACCUCCACCCACGGCGCAGCAUGUGCCCUCAGUGGGUUCUCUUACUUCCAAGGGCCUUGUGAACACUACAGUGAAAGCUCAGACCGGACUUCACCGGACUCCAACCUGUGUACAGAAAUGCAGAACAUCUCAAUGAGAACGUGCAGGUUUACUCAAGCAGGUGCUGAUGUAGGAGCACCUGAAUUAUUUAAACAAAAAAAUAAUGUGAAGCAGAAUUUGGCCUUGUAUAAAUUCAACAGGCUGACAUUUACACUUUCUUAAAGGACUAAAGAAAUGAGAAUUUGCAGUUCAUGUAUGUGUUGGUGUCAAAAAAAAGGAACGUUUGCACACACCGAGUUUGAUAUUGGAUGAUGAGGGUGUUUGUUACUGACCAUUUUUAUUUCCGAAUGCUUUUUCUGGAACAUAUUUGAAGAAUGACCUUCACCACAGGUCUGAAGAACAGGGCAUGUUUUACCGCCAUUGGUUUUAACGUCUUACAAACUUUUUUUUCUUUUUAAAUGGAAAGUGACUCACUGCUAAAGUUUUCCAUUUGGAAGGGCACAUUUUUUUGGGAUUAAGUAUUAGAUCCCAUAGGCCUCCUCAUGAACUGAAUUCCUGGUGCCUAAUACUGCUAGCCAUGUUUGUCGUUAAUGCACUCUGUUGUUGAAGGGUUUGAAUAAAUGACUUUCUGAUGCUUGCUGA